CCUAAAACUCAAUAUGUGCACGAAUUUCGGGUUAAAAGAUGGCGUUUUUAUCCGCAUCAUGAAAGUGGAGGAUUACGAUAAAGUGAAGAACUUCAUGGGAGACAAUUUCUACAAUGGGGAACCACUUUGCGCAUCUUCGGGCGUGGAUUGUCAGACACCCUUUGAACAAUUAUUUAAAGACUAUCACAUCUGGCUGAUAGAGCAGGAAACCUGCUUGAUUGCUUUCGAUGCCAACGAUGAAGAACGCAUUGUAGGCGUUGUGCUAGCCGGACCCUCAGUUGAGAGCCAUUUGGAGGAGGAACGCGUUAGAGCAGAAGAAAUGGCUCAAGGACCACUGAGAGACAUCUACACAUUUCUCACUGACAUCGAAUGCAAAGCCAAUCUCUUUAAGCAUUAUGGAAUCUCAGAGUUACUCUACUCUCAAAUCACCAAUGUGGAUGCCGCUUGGCGAGGCAAGGGAUUGGGAACACGUCUAGCUGCUGCUCUGAUCGAGGUCGGUCGAUCGAAGGGCUAUUCCGUAAUGUCAGCGACCUGCACCAGUUUCUAUUCAGCGAGCCAGAAGAUGGCCAUGGGCAUGGAGUGCAUCUAUGCUGAAGCCUAUGCGGAUCACAAGGACCCCAAUGGCGAAGUUAUACUGAAACCUCCAGCACCUCACACACACAUACGUGUGUUGGGCAUCAAGAUUUGAAGCAUAAAGCAAAAGCACUCGUGAUAACAUUAGAGAUACCAAGCAAACCUACUAAAAAAAAAUAGUCAGCACAUUGUGAUAAUAAAGGCAAACCU